UCCAACAAUGGACCACCCCCCUAACGGGCCUGGCCAGCCUGCGCCAGACCACCGCCCCGCAACCCACGCCAGGCCCCAAUGAAGUCCUCGUCGAGAUCCAUGCGGUCUCGCUCAAUUACCGCGACAUUGAGGGUGAGCAUUCCUCCAAUUUUGGCUCCUUUAUAGCGUUAAUCUAGAGACAACACCGCCCCCUAACCAUGCCCCUCGACGAGCAGUAACGAAGGGCGAAUACAACCACCACAAAUCGGUCACCCAGGAGACGCCCGCGACGGUCCCCUGCUCAGAUAUGAGCGGCGUCGUCACGCAGGUCGGUCCAUCGGUCUCGCGCUGGCGCGUCGGCGACCGCGUCCUCUCGACUUUCCUGCCGGAUCACCUCACGGGCCAGGUCACGCCGCAGAUGCUCGCCAGGGGUAUGGGCCACCCGCUCCCCGGCGUGCUGGCGACGCACCGCGUCUUCCCCGAGCAGGCGCUGGUCAAGGCUCCGCAGUACAUGCGGGAUGCCGAGGGCGCCACGCUGCCGAUCGCCAGCGUCACGGCGUGGAUGAGUGUGCAGGGUCGCUUGCGGGCGGUGGUGGAGAAGGGGGAGGAUGUGAGCCGGAAGGUCGUGUUGGUGCAGGGGACGGGUGGGGUGGCGAUUGCGGGGUUGCAGAUUGCAAAGGCGUGGGGAGCUCGAGUUAUUGUGACCUCCUCGUCGGAUGCCAAGCUCGAACAAGCUAAAGCCCUCGGAGCGGAUUAUACGAUCAACUACCGGACCACGCCCGACUGGGAGGAGGAGGUCAAUCGCUUCACCGAGGGGAAUGGCGUGGACAUCAUCCUUGAGACCGGUGGCGCGAAGACGCUGCGCAAGAGCUUCGAGUGCAUCGCCUUUGGCGGGUUGAUCAACUGCAUCGGUUACGUCUCGGGGAAAAUGGAUGAGCCUGAGGAUCGCGUCAACGUCAACCUGUUGACGCUCCGGCGGAAUGUGACGCUGCAGGGGAUCAUCAAUGGGCCCCGGGAUGAGUUUGAGAGGAUGGUGGAGUUCUACGAGAAGCACCAGAUUCGACCGGUCGUGAACCGCGUGUUUGGGUUUGCGCAAGCCCGGGAGGCUUUCGAGUUUGUGGAGAGUGGUGCGCACUUUGGCAAGGUCGUGAUUGAUGUUGCCGGGGCGUCUCAAUGAGGGGUUGUAUAUAUGAUGGGGAUGAGGGUCGUGUAGGAUUGUGAGUUUAUACUAGCUUUGCAGGUUUACGGUUGCCUAAGGAGUGCGUGUAUGAGUAGGAUUAUCGACGGG